AUGGCUGACAUCAUUGUGAUAUUUGGAGCCCUACUGGUGCUCUCGGUUCUUGUGGCACUGGGCUCCAGCUUCAUUCCUGGACUCCGCAGCGCCAAUCUCCCCCCCGGACCACCAUGUCUUCCAAUCAUUGGCAAUUUGCACCAGCUGCCCACAACUGGCGCGCAUCUCAAAUUCACACAAUGGGCAGCUAAAUACGGCCCUAUCUUCUCCCUUAAGCUGGGAUCGCGGACGGCCGUUGUGCUCAGUUCUCCGGCGCUCGUCCGGGAACUAAUCGAUAAGCAGUCCGCCAUUUUUAGCGACCGACCCCGGUUCUAUAUCGCGGACCACCAUAUAAUGCACGGCGACCACCUGAUGUUCCUAGACACGGACCCGCGCUGGCGACGGGGACGCCGCCUGUACCAUGGGUACUUCAACGAGCGCGCGUGUGAGCAUGACCAUGUCCAGCUGCAAGACGCCGAGGCGGUCCAGCUCCUUCGCGACCUGAGCAUUCACCCCGAGGACUUUAUGCGUCACUGCAAGCGCUUUUCCAACAGUGUUAUGAUGUGUCUAGUGACAGGAAUCCGCACGCCGACUCCAGAUGCCAUUCAUAUGCGCCGUCUAUACGAAGUCUUGGACGGCCUGUCUGAAAUCUUUGAGCCGGGUGCCACCACCCUGCUUGAUGUAUUUCCUAGCCUCCGGUGGCUUCCUGAGCGGUUUGUUCGUCAUUGGCGAUCGCGGGCGCAGAAUGUCGCCCGAACGAUGAACGCUGUUUACCGCCCGCUCGUCGACCAGGUCAUGAGGCGGCGACAGCAUGGGAGGCCCCAAGCCGUCACCAGUUAUCUGGACUCCAUUCUGGACAAGCAGGAAAAGCUCCGUCUCACACGCCGCGAGAUCGAGCUCAUGGUGGGCAAUCUACUCGAAGGAGGCUCGGACACGUUGUCAACGAUGCUCAUCGUCUUCAUUCAGGCCAUGGCCCGAUACCCGACGGCACAGCACACGGCCCAGGCGGAGAUCGAUACCUUCAUUGGGAAGGACCGUUCCCCUACCUGGGCGGAUUACCCCCGCCUGCCUUAUGUUGCGAUGGUGAUGAAGGAGACCAUGCGCUGGCGACCCGUCCUGCCGACGGCCUUCCCACACGCCUCCCGAAAAUCCCACACGACCGUCGACGGGCAGACUAUCCCUGCCGGCUCGUCUAUCAUCCUCAAUGUGUGGGGACUUCAUCAUGAUCCUGCCCGAUAUGAAGACCCUGACGAGUUCGAUCCCAGCCGCUAUGCCGGUCGCACCGCGCUCGCCACCGUGUACGCCGCCUCGGCCGACUACGAGAAGCGGGACCACUACGGCUACGGGUCCGGUCGUCGCCUGUGUCCCGGCAUCCAUUUGGCAGAGCGGGGGUUCUUCAUCGCCCUGGCCAAGAUCUUGUGGGCCUUUGACAUUGCACCCCAGCGAGGUCCCGACGGGCGUCCCAUUCCGAUCGUCAUUGACCCGGCGGAGGGAUAUACGGAUGGGUUCCUUCGCUGUGCGAAAUCAUUCCAGGUGGAUAUCCGGCCGCGCUCCAUGCAGCGUUGGCAGACAAUAGAGGGGGAGCUUACAGGGGCGGAACGAGUCUUCAGUGGUUACGAUAUUCCCUGAUCAUCUGCUGCGAUAUAGGGCUGUGUUUUUCUCGCCUCGGGGCAGAUCGCGUAGGUGGGGCGGCUACAGCAAUUCCGCCCCUCACCACUCCCAAUGGUUCGUAGAUUAUAGUAUAUAGCGCGGAUUUAGCGGUGCGACACAGUCAACACUCGCGGAUAUCUCUAUCUGGUACCACAGGUGGUCUCCGCAGAGCAAGCU